AUGAACAAGCAAAUCGCGGCCGGCCGCAAGCCCGCCGGCCCUUUACCCGAAGGAGCGCCUGGUGUGGGGGACACCUCGUUCGAAGCCCCGCGCGAUGUCCCUACCCUCGGACGCCGUCAUGCCAACCGGGUUGCCUCAUCCCGCGUCAACGACGAUGCUGCCUUCGAUGACGAUGAUGACGCCGCGGACUACGAUUACAACGAGUGCAACGAGGCCUGCGAAGACGACGCGGACUCUGGUGAGGAGCAGGACAAGGGCAUGUCCCCCUCCGAGGAUGAAGUUGACGCCGACGAGGACGCCGAUGCCGACGAAGACGCUCCCGAAGAGGCCCAGCCUGCGUCUCCGGCUCCUCGUCGCGGCCGUGCGUCUGCCGCUGCGGGAACCAAGACUGCUGCUAAGGGCGGGGAACCUCCGCGUGCCGCUGCCAAGACCCGUAACUUGCAUCCUGUUAAGCGGAGCAUGUGGUCCCCCCGCAAGAACACAAUCUUCGUGGGUGAGCGCUGGUUCAUGAAGGACGAGCUCGGGCCCCUCCUCAGGAAGCAGGGCUCUCAGUACUGGGCCCGCCUCGCGCGUCAUCUGGAGAAAGAGAAUCCCGGUUGGGUGCGCGGGGUAAACGCGCUUCAGAAGCAGUGGCGCAAUCUUGUGAACAUGUACAAGCAGAUCAAGAAGGGGGAAAAGGCGAGCGGCAAGGGAGCCGUAUGCAAGCCCCCCUGGUACCCGUACAUGGCGCUUUUCAAGAACAACAAGGCGGUGGGCAACCCUCACGCCGUCGACGGUGGCGGUGCGGCACACGUCAACGUGCCGUGCGGCGUUCUCACCUUUGACCCUGAGGGUCGGGCAGUGGACUUUGAGGUCUCGGUAGAUGAUCUGCAGCUUUUCCUGCAGUGCAAUAGGGCAGACGGCCUCUCCCUGUUUGACCUCACUUCUGGUGCCUCCCCUGCCCCUGCUGCUAAUGCUGACGCCACUGUUCGCUCACAGUGGGCCACACGUGAUGCUGCUGCUCGCCUUGCUGUGCGCCGCCACUUACCGACCACUGAGCGUGCACACUUUAGCCAGUACAAGAGUGCUCAGACCUUGGACCACUUCCUCUCUGUUUGCCCCGCCACUCUCACCGUUGACCUCCUCGAGAAGGCCCUCCUAGCGAUAGAGAAGAGGAUAGUCGCUGUAGGAGCCUCUCGUGGUGACCCUCGCACCCCCGUCUUUGAGAGGUGUUCUCCCUCCCCCCUCUUGCCCUAUGUUGCCUCUGCUGCUACGGCCGACCUCGUUGGUUUCGAGUCGGUCAGCGCUGCGUCUGCACCGAGCGGGAGACACCGCACCGGCAAGGGCAAGGGGGGCAAGGGCACUGGAGGGGCUGGAGGGGGUGGUGGAGGUGGUGGUGGAGGCGGUGGAGGGAGUGGGGGUGGUGGUGGGAGUGGUGCCGGGGUGCGGAGGCCCGCAAUCCACCCAGCGCUGCUUUGGUCGCCGACGGACGCAUGGUGUCGCCAGUUCCCUGAGGCGUCAGAGAUCCCUCGCUGGGGAGAUCUGGCUAAGGCCGGGGUUGCCAUCUUUGAUCUUGACUUUGAUGAUAUCCUUGCUGCCAUGUAUGCUGUUGAUACUAGUGUUGCUAGUGACGGUUACCUGUGUGUACCGCCUGACCCGGGCAUUGAGGCUGCUGCUCUAGGUGCUGGUGAGGCUGCUGCUCUAGGUACUAGUGCGUCUUCUGCCCCGGGUGCCAGUGCGUCUGCCGCCCCAAGUGCUGGUGAGUCUGCUCUCUCAGGUACUACAUCGGCUCAGGCCUUCCACACCUUCACCCUGGACUCGGGUGCGUCCCGCUCCUUCUUUCGAGACCGCACCACUCUUAUGCCGCUUAGUCGGCCGGUUGCAGUCUCCCUGGCAGACCCCUCUGGGGGUCCUAGCUUCUCCACUGUCCUUCCGUGCCCUGCAGCCCCCUCUGGCACCCUGUCUAGUCUCUACCUCCCCUCGUUCUCUACGAACUUGGUGUGUCCCAGGUAG